GGUUACAUCUUUAACGGUAAGAAGUAAAAUCAUUUGAGUUCCCCCAGCGUCCUGCUGAUAUCUGGAGAUGGAUCCUGAACCCCCGCCAGGUCCCCCACCUCCACCAGGGCCUGGUGGACCCUUGCAAUUAUGUUUGCUGUGUCUCUACACAUUUUGGUUUCUCUGCUGCUGUGGACUAUCCGCCUGCUGCUGUCCAGAGGCUCACCCUCCAGGAAGGUCCCCACCUGCAGCAUGAUAUACGCAAUCUGUAUAUUCAUGCACAUGCACGCAUGUAUUACAUCAUGAUGUAUGACCAUGAACUAUGUUUAGGCAAUAUUCUGUACUCUCUGUUUAUGCAACAAAUUUGGGGAAUAUUG